CACAGCCUUCAAUUGGAGGGGUUUUCUCCCCCGCGAGAAAGUUUUUGAGGAUGAAUAUUCUAGAAUUGACGGUUUAACCUGAUAUGGAGAUUUGAAGAACUUGGAAAAAAGAUUUCUGGGCAUCUUGCACUCCACACACAGGAAAAGUGAUCAAUCUCUUUGUUGAAGACUGCAGUUGGAUCGAUUGUCAAGAUGACCACCUACUGGAAGACUUGUGUCUUUGCAGCAAUGUUUCUUCCUGUGGCUGUAGCAAUGCACUCAGACUGUUUCAUCAGGAAGGAGCAAGAGGCCUGCUUAGAAACCAUCCAGAAACAGAUCACCUUAAUUCCGCUAAAUGAAUCAUCUCCAGGAUGCCCAGGGAUGUGGGAUAACAUUACGUGUUGGAAGUCUGCCUUUGUGGGCGAGGUUGUCUUUGUCAAGUGCCCAGCGCUCUUCACGUUGGUCAACUUCGAUGACGGUUGGGAUGUGAAUAGCAUGGCCUAUGCUCAACCAGGUGAUUUUGAACUAAUGGACAGUGCCGGCCAAAUUCUAGGUGGUUCCCCAGACUUAAAAGUCGUUAGCAGGAACUGUACUGAGGAAGGCUGGUCGGAACCUUUUCCUCAUUACUAUGAUGCCUGUGGAUUUGAUGAGAAUGACACCACGACGGAUUAUAGCCAGGACUACUACUAUCUCUCGGUCAAGGCUCUGUACACUGUCGGGUACAGCACGUCCCUUGUUUCGCUCACCACAGCCAUGGUGAUCUUGUGCCGUUUCAGGAAACUACACUGCACCCGGAACUUCAUUCACAUGAAUCUCUUCGUUUCCUUCAUUCUACGAGCCAUAUCGGUCUUCAUCAAGGAUGGGAUUCUAUAUGCUGAACAAGACAGCAAUCACUGUUUUAUCUCGACGGUGGAAUGCAAGGCAGUGAUGGUCUUUUUCCACUACUGUGUUAUGUCGAACUAUUUCUGGCUCUUCAUUGAGGGGUUGUACCUUUUCACCUUACUGGUAGAGACCUUUUUUCCAGAAAGAAGAUACUUCUACUGGUAUACCAUCAUUGGCUGGGGAACUCCUACCAUUUGUGUCACCGUUUGGGCUGUCCUUAGACUUCACUUUGAUGAUAUUGGCUGCUGGGACAUGAAUGACAACACAGCUUUGUGGUGGGUGAUCAAAGGCCCUGUGAUUGCAUCAAUAAUGAUCAACUUUUUGCUUUUCGUUGGCAUCAUCAUUAUCUUGGUUCAAAAGCUCCAGUCACCUGAUAUUGGAGGCAACGAAUCCAGCAUUUACUUCAGCUGCGUUCAGAAAUGCUACUGUAAAUCCAACAGGGCUAACCAGCACUCUUGCAGGAUGUCAGAACUAUCCACCAUUACCUUGAGGCUGGCCCGGUCUACCCUGCUGCUUAUUCCACUCUUUGGGAUUCAUUACACAGUGUUUGCCUUUUAUCCGGAGAACGUCAGCAAGAGGGAGAGGCUGGUGUUCGAAUUGGGUCUGGGAUCUUUCCAGGGCUUCGUUGUGGCUGUUCUCUACUGCUUCUUGAACGGCGAGGUGCAAUCAGAAAUAAAGAGGAAAUGGAGGAGCUGGAAGGUCAACCGGUACUUUGCUGUGGAUUUCAAACACCGCCAUCCCUCCCUGGCAAGCAGCGGAGUGAACGGGGGGACGCAACUGUCCAUUCUGAGCAAGAGCAGCUCACAGAUUCGAAUGUCAAGCAUAAAUGCGGAGAACUUGGCGACAUGAGCGCAUAAAACGACCCCUCCCCUCUCCAAAAAUGAAAGGCCGGGCGGGGGGGGGGGGGGGAAGCACCUUUGAAAACAAAAAAGUCAUAAUUUUGGUGGUGUGGGUCAUUGUGCCUGUUUGUGUUUUAUUUUCAUUUUUUUAAAAAAGAGAAGAAGCCACCUCCCUUUUAUCCAAAAGAGAAACAGGAUCGUUCUGGGAGCAUGGAACACAUAAUCUCUGAUAGUUGGAAGAGAAGGUGUCAAAGAGUAUUGUAAAUACACCACUGAGAUCAUCCAGAGAAAAAGAAGUUCAACCCACCCACCGUUCCAGCAAGCUGCAAAUAACUCCAUUGUUGGCUUUGUGUUCCUGGUGAUCUUUGUGCCAUGGUGAAUUUCACUUGCCAAGCUGAUAUCUGUGAAUGAACAUCUCAUGGAUUUGUGUUCCUUUCCUGUUGUCAUGUCAAAUGCAUCUGUUCCCUCCAUCUUGGAUUCUUCUCAUCUCCUGUUCCGUGACUAACUUCAGUGCUUAGGUGGACACAAGUAUCAGCCUUGACAAUGUGAUCGCUGAGAUGGAUCCCACCAGAAGCAUUCCAAACAGGGCAUCUGUUGAAGUUGUGGAGGACAGCAGCGAUAGCACUGUUUGGCAGGCAGAAAAUACACACACAAAAAGUGGAGUUGAUGUUUUUUCCUCCUCCAAGAAUGUAUCAUAAAGUGUUCUGUUAAGCUGUGAAUUUUCUAAAAGGGACAUCCCAACUAUACUAGAUCUAUAUUUUUUGAGAUUGGUUUUUUUUUUCUUUUUAAAGAAAAGCAAAACUAACAUGGAAGAAAAAGAAGACGAAAAACUAUAUAUAUUUUCCCCCACGUUAAGCGUAGACAAAUUCCGGGAAUGUAAUGUCUUCUGGACUACACAUAUGUCCCCUUUUAUUGGUACAUUUCCACAGAAAGCAGGAUGUAACUGGUGGUAGUGAGUGACCCAAAUGACUGACAUGCAUUGGGUACCACAACAUUUGUGAUGCCUUCAUCAUGCCAAGGUUCACACUAAAAGGGCUAGGAUGCAAAUUCUGUGGAUCAUGUGGUUUAAAGAGGGGAAUCCAUUCUGGUGGAUUUCAGAAGGUCCAGCUAACAUUAGCAUCCCUGGACAAUCCUUGCUAGGGCAGAGAAAUAAUAUAAAGACUUUAGAAGUGGGGAGAAUUGUUUUGAAUGAGGGACUUCUUUUCAGCUGAGUGUUUAGUUUGGCUUAGCCAAGCACACACACAAAAGUCAUUAAUGCCUUUGAUGUAGGGUUGGAGGAAGGAGGAAAAUCCGCCUUCAAUCCCACCUUAUAGUCAGAUCCACAUAAAUACAUAGCUACUUCAGCCGAGUUAAAACGAUGAUGUCAAUUUUUUAAGAGGCUUUGUGCAAUGCAGGACGCCUCCAAAGGACUUUUAUUAUUCCACUGUGCAUUGUACAAGCCUAUCUAGAUGUUUCAAAAUCCUCUCUAAUCUCUGUGUGUGAGUGUGUGUGUGUGUGUGUAUGUAUACCUUGAAGAGGAAAAUAUAUAUCAUAUUUUGUUAAAUACUAAGGAAUGAAUGCAAGCUAAUGGCGGCCAAGAAAGUUGCGAUGAAAGGGCUGGUUCUUUCUCCUUAAUUGAAAUGAAUGUCAUUGGGUGUUUUUUUUUUUAUUACACAAUUUGAAUUGUGGGCGUAGAA